CAUCACUCUCAUCACGACAAGAUGUCAUUCGGAAGACCGCCAACAUAUUCAAGCUUCAGUGUCACACCUCCAGAUCGUGGUUCAUUCCCGCUUGAUCAUGAUGGUGAAUGCACAAAAGUGAUGAAAGAAUAUAUGACAUGCAUGAGACAGAAUAAGAUGGAUAAUGGAAAGUGCAGACAUCUUAGCAAGUCGUAUUUGCAGUGCAGGAUGGAAAACGGAUUAAUGGAAAAGGAUGAAAUGUCAAAUCUAGGGUUC